AUGAAGUUCUCCGUUUCCGUCUCGCUGCUUGCUGCAGCUGGCCUGGCCUCUGCCGCCAAUGAGUUUGCCAUGAACAGACUGAUGUCCAUGAAGGUUGCUGAGCGUGAAGAGUACAGAGCUAAGGGAAUGUUCGCUCCUGGACGAUAUGGCAACUCUACCAACAAAUUUGUUCCUUGCAGACACGGCAAGUCUGGAGAAUAUUCCUGCAACAAGGUUGACCAGCACGGUUUCCUUACCCACCAAGAGAUGGGCAGCACUACUCGUGAGGGUAACGAUGUCUGGGGUUGGACCUCGAGGGAUGGCCGUGAAUUCGGUGCCAUCGGUCAGACCGAUGGAACUGCUUUCGUUGAGAUUCUCAAGGAUGGAAGACUUGAGUACAAGGGCCGACUGCCGACUCAGACUGUGUCCAGUAUCUGGCGUGACAUGAAGGUCAUUGACGGAUACGUCUACAUUGGAGCUGAGUCUCGUGACCAUGGUCUCCAAGUCUUUGACAUGCGCAAGCUGCUCGAUCUCAAGGAGCCAAAGACCUUCUCCAUCAAGGAUGACAUGACCGCUUUCUUCAGCGGUUUUGGCAGCUCCCACAACAUCGUCCACCACGAGGCAACUAAGAUGAUCUAUGCCGUUGGAACCGGCAGAAAGACCGAGUGUGCCGGCGGUCUGUUCAUGGUCGAUGUUUCUGACCCAAGCAAGCCAACUUCCCGUGGCUGCGCGAACGCGGACGGAUACGUCCAUGAUGCUCAAUGCGUCAUUUACACUGGCCCUGACCAGCAGUACAAGGGCAAGGAAAUCUGCUUCGGCUACAACGAAGACUCCCUCACCAUCUACGAUGUUACCGAUAAGCAGAACCCCAAGAUCAUUUCCAAGACCCCAUACCAGGGCUCUGCCUACACCCACCAGGGCUGGCUCGCCGACCCCAAGAAGAUGACCUACCUGCUCCUCGACGACGAGCUCGACGAGAAGGACGGCACUGCCCUCGGCAAGAACCACACCACCACCUACAUCUUUGACAUCAAGGAGCUCGCUAAGCCCAAGUACACUGGCUUCUACCAGUCCCCUGCCCAGUCUAUUGACCACAACCAGUAUGUUCUCAACGGCCUAACCUACCAGUCCAACUACGGCUCUGGUCUUCGCAUCGUCGACGUCAGCUCCAUUGACCGAAAGCCCGAUGGCUCUCAGUUCAAGGAGGCCGGUUUCUUCGACUGCCACCCCGAGGACGACCACAUGAACGGAGAAGUCUCUUUCCACGGCAGCUGGAGCACCUACCCAUACUUCAAGAGCGGAUACAUCCUCCUCAACAGCAUUGAGCGUGGUGUGUACUCCCUCCGAUACAACGGUCCACCAGCCCGUUACCGCUGGUAA